UGAGCUGUCAGGCUAAAGAAGGACCGAAGCCCUCCUGAUAAGGGAGUUUCUUUAAUUCCUCACAGACUGGGCAGGCAAAUCCCAGAUUAACCUGGCAGGGUGGGAAGAGGAUUAGAAGGGCAGUUCCAGAAUGCAACAGAGGGCACCAAGGGUGUGCCACGGUAGGACACCCCUCUGUCAACCCAAAGCACAAGGGAAGGGGAGAAGGCUUCCAAGCUCUGCCCCAGCACAGAGCUGGGAAGGCCAGCAGCAGCCCUGGGAGAUGACAUGUGUGUGCAGAUAGUCAGGAAAGGGAGAGACCCUGAAGCAGACGUGGAGCUCAGGAAGGGCCUGAGCGUGGCUCUGUGCCUGUGACCUGCUCGUGAGGGUCAACAGGAGCAGCUAUGGAGGAAACCUACCUGCUGAAUGUGGAAGGGGUCAGGAAGAAGAUUCUGCAUGGAGGCCAAGGGGAGCUGCCCAAGCUGCAGGAUGGGAGCAAGAUCACCUUCCACUUCCAGACACUGAAGGAUGACUUUGAGCGGACGGUCAUCGAUGACAGCCGGGAAGCUGGCAUCCCCAUGGAGAUCAUCGUGGGCAAGAUGUUCAAGCUGGAGAUCUGGGAGACGCUGCUCAGCUCCAUGAGAACGGGGGAAGUGGCUGAGUUCUGGUGCGAUGCCAUUCACACAGGCAUGUAUGCCCUGGUCUCCAGGGGCAUGCGGAGGAUCGCAGAGGGCCGGGACCCCCUGGAAGGGCAGAAGCACCGCUGUGGCAUGGGCAACAUGUUUGACUACCAUAGCACGGGCUACGAUGACCUGGAUGAGCUGCAGCGGACGCCGCAGCCCCUCAUCUUCAUCAUGGAGCUGUUCCGGGUAGAGGAGCCCUCAGCCUACAAACGUGACACGUGGGCCAUGAGCAAGGAGGAGAAGCUGGCGGCAGUGCCCGUGCUGCACAGCGAGGGCAACCGCCUCGUGCUCCGCAAGGAGUUCGCGCAGGCAGCAGCCAAGUACCAGGAGGCUGUCAUCUGCCUGAGGAACCUGCAGGCCAAGGAGAAACCAUGGGAGGAAGGCUGGCUGAAGCUGGAGAGGUUGGUCACACCGCUGGUGCUCAACUACUGCCAGUGUCAGCUGGAGCUGGGAGAGUACUACGAGGUGCUGGAGCACACAACAGAGCUCCUCCAGAAACACAAAGGGGCUCUCCUCUCCUGGCAGACAACGCCAAGGCCUAUUUCAAGCGGGCGAAGGCUCACGCUGCUGUGUGGAACGAGCGGGAGGCGCGGGAGGACUUCCUGCGGGUGGCUCACCUCGACCCCUCCAUGGCCGCCGCCGUGA